AUGGGCAAGGCCAAGUCUGCCGCCACGGAAUUCAAGAGGCUCUUCGAGAGAAAGCCAGUUAUCGACACUUGGUCGACGGAUGGUGAGGUGUUAGAGACUGUUGAGGGCACUAUCGAGUUCCGUGAUGUGCAUUUCAGAUAUCCCACCCGGCCCGAACAGCCUAUCCUUCGCGGCCUAAACCUGACCGUGAAGCCCGGCCAGUAUGUCGCGUUGGUGGGCGCUAGCGGCUGUGGCAAGAGUACCACAAUUGCCCUCCUCGAACGUUUUUACGACCCACUAGCCGGCGGCGUGUAUAUGGAUGGAAAGGAAAUUACGAGGUUGAAUGUCAGCUCGUAUCGAAGUUUCUUGUCCCUCGUCAGCCAGGAACCCACGCUCUAUCAAGGAUCGAUCCGCGAUAAUAUCCUUCUUGGCGUCGAUGUUGACGACGUGCCCGAGGAACAAAUCAUCCAGGCUUGUAAAUCUGCCAAUAUCUAUGAUUUCAUCAUCUCUCUCCCUGACGGCUUCUCCACCAUCGUCGGCAGCAAAGGCAGCAUGUUAUCCGGCGGCCAAAAGCAGCGCAUCGCCAUCGCCCGCGCCCUCAUCCGCGAUCCCAAAGUCCUCCUCCUCGACGAAGCCACCUCAGCCCUCGACUCAGAGUCCGAGAAGGUCGUGCAGGCCGCGCUGGACGCAGCAGCGAAGGGCCGCACCACCAUCGCCGUCGCCCACCGUCUCAGCACUAUCCAGAAGGCCGAUGUUAUCUACGUCAUCGACCAGGGACGCGUUGUGGAAAGCGGCACGCAUAAUGAGCUGUUGGGGAAUAAGGGACGGUAUUUCGAGUUGGUUAGUUUGCAGAGUUUGGGAAAGACCCAUUAA